AUGACUUGGGAAUUAAACCGCCGACGAAUUAUUCGUACGGUCAACUCUAAAUACAUUUUCGACAGGGUGCCCCUCCUCCACUUCCUCAUAUUCCUCGUCGAGAUGGCUUUCGUUGCUAGGCUUACUUCGCGCUACAAUGCGUACUACGAGGAGCGUCCUAUUCUCACGAUGAUGGUCACCAACGCGGUCCUGGGAGGCAUAGCAGAUACCGUCGCACAAACUAUAACCGCUGUUAAGCAGCGAGCCGCACGAAAGGGUCCGUUUCAUCCGAACCCCAAAGACGACCCUAUCGCCAUCGAGAUCCAGGAACUCGACCGCAAGAACCCCCUCAGCGAUCGCGACCUUAUCCCGGACUCACGUAUUCUCCCGCCCCCGUUUGACUUUGAGCGCUUGACACGCUUCAUGGCUUACGGCUUCUGCAUGGCCCCGGUCCAGUUCAAGUGGUUCAAGUUCUUGGAGAAGACCUUCCCGAUCACAAAGACGGCUGCUUUUGGCCCGGCGAUGAAGAGAGUGGCGUUCGACCAGCUGGUGUUUGCGCCGUUUGGCAUCGCCGCCUUCUUCACUGCUAUGACGAUCGCCGAGGGUGGCGGUAGGAGAGCUGUGCAGAACAAGCUGAGGGACAUGUAUGUGCCGACGCUCAAGGCCAACUUUGCGAUUUGGCCUGCGGUUCAGGUCAUCAACUUCCGCUUAAUGCCUGUUCAGUUCCAGCUGGUCGACUUCAACGUUCCCCUUGACGAGAACAAGAACAUCACCAACAACCAGCGUAUUGCCGGCGCCGUGCCAACGAUCAAGCAUGCUCUCGACCAUGGCGCCAAGACAGUAAUCCUGAUGUCGCAUCUCGGUCGGCCAAAUGGAUCGCCCAACCCCAAGUACUCGCUCAAGCCCGUCGUCCCCGAGCUUGAGAAGCUUUUGGGCGGCAAGAAGGUUACUUUCGCUCCUGACUGUGUUGGCCCUGAGGUCGAGGAAAUCGUCAACAAGGCUGGCGAGGGUGACGUCGUUCUAUUGGAGAACCUGCGCUUCCACAUCGAGGAGGAGGGCAGCGCCAAGGACAAGGAUGGCAACAAGACCAAGGCUGACAAGGCCAAGGUCGACGAGUUCCGCAAGGGCCUCACCAAGUUGGGAGACAUCUACAUCAACGAUGCCUUCGGCACUGCCCACCGUGCUCACUCUUCCAUGGUUGGCGUCGACCUUCCACAGAAGGCUGCUGGCUUCCUGAUGAAGAAGGAGCUCGACUACUUUGCACAGGCCCUCGAGUCACCCAAGCGCCCCUUCCUGGCCAUCCUCGGUGGUGCCAAGGUUUCGGACAAGAUCCAGUUGAUCGACAACCUGCUUGACAAGGUCAACACGCUCAUCGUUUGCGGUGGCAUGGCCUUUACCUUCAAGAAGGUGCUCGACGACAUGGCCAUUGGAAACUCGCUCUUCGAUGAGGCAGGAUCCAAGACCGUACCUAAGCUCAUGAAGAAGGCGCAAGAGAAGGGCGUCAAGGUCGUUCUCCCGGUCGACUUCAUUACUGCUGACAAGUUUGCUGCUGACGCCAAGACCGGGUCUGCUACGGAUAAAGAUGGCAUUCCUGAGGGCUGGAUGGGUUUGGACUGCGGCGACAAGAGUGUUGAGCUGUUCAAGGGCGCCAUUGACGAGGCGCAGACCGUUCUGUGGAACGGCCCCGCUGGCGUCUUUGAGUUUGACGCUUUCGCCAAGGGUACCAAAGCCACUCUUGACGCUGUCGUUAGUGGCUGCGGCAAGGGCAAGAUUGUAAUUAUCGGAGGUGGUGACACCGCCACCGUUGCGGCCAAGUACAAGGUUGAGGACAAGCUCAGCCACGUCUCGACUGGUGGUGGUGCCAGCUUGGAGCUCCUUGAGGGGAAGGAACUGCCUGGUGUCACCGCGCUCAGCAGCAAGUAA